UUCUACAUGUGCGGCGCACGCCAGCCUGCUGGCGCGUCACUCCAGCGCUCACCUAGUGACAGUUGUUGGUCGGGACUGGGGGUAGGCUAUCUCGGAAAUAAUCUGCCCACGCGUUAAGCUGCUUUAUCCCCGCCAAGCCUCAGCCGGACACAGACCGCUGCAGCCCCGCUCCCAGUCACGGGGCGUCCUAAUUAAACUGGGAGGGAGAAAAAGUGACGCCGGACGCGGCCAAGUUUUCCAGGCGGCCGGUUGGUGAAUUGGAGACCAGCGAGGAGCUCGGUUUCUCGCGUUCAUGGAGACCUGACGGCACCGGGAGGGACGGUCCUGCAGCGGAACCCGCGGCUUUGCGCACACGCUGGGAGACGGGAGACCAGUAGCAUCUCACCAGGGAUCUGACCGCCAGGAGCUGGGAGCUGUGGUCCGGGCAUGGAAAACCCUGGGUUUUGGAUACUCCUGGCUCUAACUUGCCUCUGUCCAGGAGCAAACGGCCAGACGGUGGAAAUGGACGAUGGGAAGUCGGGGUACGUUGGCUCAAAGGUGGACCUGCGCUGCCGGUUCAUCAACAGCUCCCCCCCAGUCAAGGUCUCCCAGGUAACUUGGCAGAAGCUGGUGAACGGCACCAAGCAGAAUGUUGCCAUCGCCAAUCCGUCCCUGGGUGUGUCUGUGGCGCCGCCCUACAGAGACCGCGUCGCCUUUAAGAACCCAGCUGUGCGGCGCCGAACGCCCAACCUGGAGGACACUACCAUCACCUUCUCCUCGCUCCGGCUCAACGACGAGUCCUCGUACAUCUGCGAAUACACCACGUUCCCCGCAGGGAACCGGGAGAACGCCGUGAACCUCACUGUCUACGUUCGCCCAACUACUCAGAUGAGUCUGUCCACACCGACGCUGGUGGCUCGCUCGUCCAAUCUGAAAACACCAGUGGCCACCUGCAUCUCCGCUAAUGGAAAACCGCCGGGUACCAUUAGGUGGGAGACCAGGGUCCCGGGGGAGGUCAACACGCGAGAGUACAGGAACUCCGACGGGACGUUCACCGUCCAGAGCGACUACGUUUUGGUGCCGAGCAAAGAAACACACAGGGAAACUCUCACGUGUGUCACCACCUACAACGAGGAGGUCUUCACUGACAGCGUCACCCUCGAUAUUCAGUAUGAGCCAGAGGUUUCAGUGGAGGGCUUUGAUGGGAACUGGUACCUGAACCGUGAGAACGUCCAGCUUAGCUGCCAAGCUGACGCCAACCCAGCUGUGUCUCUGUACCAGUGGAAACUGAUCAACGGCACCAUAUCGAGUAACGCUGAGAUCCGAGACAACGUCAUUACCUUCAAAGGGCCCGUGACGUAUGACAUGCAAGGCAUCUAUGUCUGUGAUGCAACCAACAGCAUUGGGACUCGAUCCGGCUCAGUGGAGGUCAGCGUCAUAGAUAAACCAGUACCCCAGAUCGCAACAAGUGACGUCAUCAGCGUCAUUGCCUUAUUACUGGCUGCCGGGGUGCUCAUGGGCAUCACCAUCACAGUCCUGGUGCUCAAAAUUAGGAGCAGAAAAGACAGCUCCUCGUAUGUAACCAGCCCAUUAUCCCUCCUGUCUUUGUUUGGUCUGCCUGUUCCUCCCGGCCCGGCUUGUUCCUGCGUUACCGUGUUCUGUUCUCUGUAUUGUUUGAUCAGAAACGACUCCCCGUCCAGAAAGUUAUCCCAGCCGACGAGGAAACGGCCGGGAGACGACGUCCAGCACUCAGGUCGGUUUUAUGAAGAGCUUCCCAGCACCGCGGACUAUGUGAGCUACAGACUGGCCUGUAACAAGGAGGACUACCCCGAGCCCUACUCCCCCCCCAUCAACCCCCCUCUCUCGUUUCUGCCCCAGCACCCCUACCACUCACAGUCAACCCCGGCCAGCACCACUAGCAGCAGCAGCAUCGCCAACACGGCCAAAAACACCUUCUCUCCUCCAUCACACACCACGGCCGUGUUCAAGUACCCCUCCAUACAGGCUCUGUCGUCUCCUCCCCCUGGAGUGGCGGCGUACACCUUCCCCAAAGAGCAGUACGUCUGAGCUGACAAACUCCAACCUGACCCCCCCAGUUUAAAACUGACCUCUUUACCAACAAAACGCUGGAGAAUCUCCCCAAUGGCAGACCAUGGGGCCGCGUCCGUAGCGUCUCCGGCUCUGGAGGUCAAACAACAACGCAGCUAAACAUUUUCUCCCGUUUGUCCAGUUUGUUAUUGUGUUUUCUAAUCUCCGGAGAGGACACUGUGGAGCCGUAUUCGUAAUGUUUGCUGGCACAUUGUGUGUUUAGGUUAGAGCGAGGUCAAUGUAUAAACCAAUGGAAUUUGACUGGAAAAAGUUUGUGUUGCAUGGCUGCAUCACAGCACAUUACUUCAGAGCAAACAGAUGGGAUUAUCUCUUGAUGUCUGUCGUGGUUGAGCCUCUGCUCUAUCAUUUUGUAAAAAAAAAAAAAACAACAACAAGAAAGACAAUAAUAAUCUCCUUCUAACCUCAUCUCUGUUGUCCACGCUAUCCAGUACCUGGUCCACCUCCUGUCCCAUCUAAUGCUCCUACUGUGCUUGUCUUUUUUGUAUGAUUUGUAAAGAUGAACAUUUUUAUUUACUGAAGACAUUGUGUCGUUGUAUGGAUUUGAUGUUUCUAUUUGUGUAUCUGUGGGUCUUAGCCUUCAUUGACACUGAUUGUUGGAUGAACUUUACAAUUUUAGCACAUAAAUAAAGUUACAGUGUUAACUUGUACAA